GGCGGCGUCGGCGGCGGCGGCGGCAGCGUGCCGCCGCCGGGACAGGGCCCGGGUGGUCAGUCGGCGUCGGCCGCUGUGGUGGUGAGCCACAGCGGUCAGUACAACUCGUAUUCCGGUCGACCGCCGCCCAGUUACACCAUGGAGCAGCAGCUGUCCUCCCGGCAAAUCAUCAUGAACGACUAUAUCACUAGCCAACAGAUGCACGCGCGCGCAAGAAGCGGCGCAACGGGUGGCGCCGGUGAACCAGUCGCCGGCAAGAGCAACGAACAGCCGGCUCCGUCGACGUUGUACUACGCCAGCACGCCGCCACCUCCUCCGCCGCCUCAGACACACACGCAGGCACGACAGGGUGUCAUACAGAGGCAUAAUCCGCAGAAGCAGUUGCACUAUCAGCCACCGCCUGGUCUGGAGGCUUUCUCCAGUCUGGUGGAUGUGGCUGUGCAACAGCCCAGUCUUCCGGUGCCGCACCCGCAUGGUCACCCGGCGGCCGCGUCCGGCAGCGGCGGCCACGAAGGUCUCGGCAAGACGAUGGCGGAUCGGCUGUUGGCUGACCAUUAUGUGGACAACAACCGGGCGUUCCGUGAGCAAGAGAUGCGACUGCAGGAGCACCGUAUGAUGCAGGCGGAGCACAGGAUGGCGGCGGCGGUGGCGCAUCACCAUCAGCGCGACCGGGACCUCGCGCAUCUGCGCGAGAAGGAAGAGCAUCGCCUGCAUCGGGAGAAGGAACUGCAGCAGUUGGAGCAUCGACUAGUGGUGCAGCAGCGUGAGAAGGAGAUCCAGCAGCAAGAGCACGCGCGUCUGGCGCAACAGCGGGAGAAAGACAUGCAGCACGUCGAGCACCGGUUGCCGAUGCAACAACGCGAAAAGGAGAUGCAGCACGAACAACAUCGGCUCGUGCCGUCCAUCGGCACCGUCCAUCAGCAUCGAGAGAAAGAACUCCACCGUCAUCAACUAGUGGUGGCUGCGGCGCAACGCGACAAGGAACAUCAGGAGCACCGACUGAUCGUGCAGCAGCAUCGAGAGAAGGAGAUACAGCAGCAGGAGCAGAGGCUCACGAUCCACCAGCAGCGCGAGAAGGACAUACAGCGCGAGCGAGACCUCGUGCAUAUGCAGCAGAUACAGCAGCAGCAGCAGCAGCAACAGCAACAACAGCAGCAGAUGCAGCAGCAUAUGCAGCAACAGCGCAUGGAGGCGGAGAGAAGGCAUAUAGUUCAAAUGUACAGAGAACAGCAUCAGCAACAGCAGAUCGACCGGGAAAGCUCGCGGCUGGUCAACAGCGGAUUCUCGCAGCAGAGCAGGCUAGUGCCGCAGAUGUCGCACCAGUCGCAACAGCAGCAACAACAGUCGUCCAGGCAGAGUCAGUCGUCCAGCCAGCAGCAGAACGACUCGUCCUCGACCCUCACCGCCGCUAGCCUCAUAGAUGCCAUUAUAACACAUCAGAUCAAUCAGAGUGUCGAGAACUCGAGCGGAAGCGGCUCAUCUGCCAACCAGCCUACUCGAGCGAGUGAUCGCCUCUUCCAGGGAUUUCAUCGUGAGACCACCCAAGAAUCUAACGGUAUCGCGCAUAGUCCUGCUGGAGACGGAGGCGGGGGUGGUAGCGGUGCGAGCGGAAAUGGAAGUGGAAGCAACAAAGCGAUCACUCUCGGCGAGCAUGUCGAGCACAUUGUGUCUAAAGAUUUUUGUCCACCGCAUUCAUCCUACAGACCUUACACCGGAUAUCAAAUUUCUGAGGAUCAGUGGAAAAGACGAAAAAUGAACGAGCCGGACUCGGUGAAGGCUGGAGACGAGCGGCAGAUAAUACGCGUCGCCCAACAACAGCAACAGCAGCAGACGCAACAGCAGCAACAUCAAUCCGCGUCCUCCUCGGUGGGGAAGCAGCAGUUCCAGCAUUCCGUCGAGCCCGUCUCGCCUCCGGAAGCGACCAGCAAUCACUACGGGCGUCGUUUUUACGAAUCGACCACUGCCACAUCCACUUCCGGUACACCCUCCAACAAGCCCCAUCUGUCGCCGUUAGACUACGUAAAGAACAAGAUCGUGGAAGUGAUGCGAACAUCCGAAGAUGACAAGGCUAGUGGCAGCGCAGCUGCGGUUUCGUCUGAUAGAAAUGGCGGCAGUGGCGGCGGCGGCGGCGGCGGCAACAACAACAACAACAACAACAACAACAACAAUAACAACAAUAACAACAACAGCAACAGCAUCGUCUCAAGCGGCGCCGGCAGCGGUGGUGGUGGUGGUGGCGGCGGCGGCGGUAACGGUAGUGGUGGCGGCGGCGGCGGCACCGGCAGCGGUGGCGGCGAAAAAACGACGGACGAGAAGACGGCGGCAGGCGCGAGCGCGGAGAGGAGCCCGUCCGUCGGCGGCAGCGGCGAGAUGAUUGUCGACGAGACGACGCCGAGCCGAACCACCCCGCAACCACCGCCGCCACCCGCACCGGCGCCGACUACCAAUUUCUAUCCGUUCAGCGCGUUAGGCGUGCACACAGGUCCGCCACCGGCGCCGCCACCUACCGCCACGUCGACCGUCUCCGCCUCCGUCACAAAGUCCGAACAGAUGCAGGCCGAGCCGGCGCCGUUGCUCUCAGCGCAAUACGAGCCGCUCUCGGACGAGGAUUGAUAGUCGCGCCGAUUUCGUGGUGCUACCGCUACUUACUGUUUUUUGUAAUUAGUUUGAAGAGAGAAAUGCUGUGACACGUUUCCUUAGGACAUGAAUCCUACAGGAUAUUCGAAUAUUGGACGAUUCACCGACACACGCUUAUGGGCACGAGAGAAGCCACACUGCGUUCAUUAUCGGUCGCCAAAUCCUAAUCUAAUUUAAGAGACUUCUUCUUUUUUAUAUAUACGCAUAUAUAUAUUAUAUAUAUGUAGAUAUAUGCAUAUACGAAAAUUUUCGAUCUCCCGAAACGAAUGGGGGAGUCUCCGUCGUAUGAUGUUUUAAACCAAGUCCCAA